UGCACAUGCGCGUACAGACAAAUCUGUCAAAUGAGCCAAGUGUAUUUGCUUUCUCCUACUUUAUGGUAUUAAUAGUGUUUCCAAUAAUAAUAGCGUAUAAAAUCAUGUACGAAGCUUGGUAGCAUCAUUUUCCGAUGAGUAGUGAUCAAUCGAAUUCUUUAAUUGUCACUGUGUUUGAUGAAUCUCAUUACCGUAACCGCUGUAUAACAAGCGUGUAAAUGCGUGAAAAAUGAUUGAAAUGUUGAAGUACUUGUUACUGAGCUCAUCAACACAAGCUUACAAGUUAAGUUAGAUUUUGUAUCUGCGGGAAAACUGUUGAGUGACACUCAUCUUCUUCCGUUUCAUUAACUCUACACCUCGCUGAUAUUGAAAGGUUCCGAGAACACAACGAAUUCAUCCGUUCGAAAAUCUCUAUUUGAGUAAUUCUUAUAUUAAUAACUGUAUAUAACAGAAUGUAAGGUAACCUCCAACGAAUUAUGCAACAGACAUUUCAAAGUAUGAUUUAAUUGCAACCUGUAUAAAGAAAUACAGGUGAGGAAAAUAAUUUUUAAAAUAAUACUGUUCACACGCAAUAAUUUGCAUCUAAGCGCGGUAAAAGGUAUGUUUGUGAACCUAUUUGAGUAGAAGCAACAAUAUGGUGCGGGUAAUCACAGUACAUAAUUUCCUGGGACAACACAUUACCCAGAUCGAGGAGUCGACUGCCAGCUGCAUAGCAAAUGCGUCUGGACGUGAAAUGCUCCUCCUAGCACUUUCGACACACUGUGUCGAAGUAUGGGAAUUGACAAUGUCCGAUGUUAAAUUACAUACCAUAUUUCCAACAGUUGAUAUGAUCAGUCAAAUGGUACAUUGUACCAAAGGAGACUAUGUGGUCACGCUAGAAUCAAAAUAUACUAGAGAUGCAACUAUUAACAAUCACAUGGGAAAAGUAACUAAUAAUUUUGUUAGAGUCUAUGUCAACUGGGCUAUAGUGAAAGACCAAAGUCAACCUAUGCGUGCUAGAAUUGCAGGACGUGUUACUCCAAGCUUAAAUCGGCCUCUAAAUAGCUUAGAGAUGAUAGAGCUACCAUUGACUGUGCAGCCAACAUUAAUUGCUUGUUGCCAAAGCACUGGUAAUCUUUUGGUAGCUUCUGGAAAUAGUGCUAUUCUUCAUGAGUUCAAAGUUGAGACACAGCAAGUCUCCAAAAUGAAAUUCAUAGAUUUUGAGGCAAGACCAUGGUCCUUGGGAUUCUCCUUCUGCCCUACAUACAUGGAGAUUAUUGAAGAUUUUAUUGCUAUCAUGGAUAAAUCUAACUUAUGUGUUUUCAGGCUCACUAAUUCAAUGUAUGAAGAUAUUGAUCAACUGAGCUCUUUAACUUCUACAAAUUCUUCAUCCAUUGACAAGACUUCUAUAUCUACAGAUUCCUCUCUUGUGGAAUACAGCAAUAGUAUAGGAAAUCAAGAUGAGAACAUGGUAUUACAGACCAUAAGUUCAAAACAUAGAAACUCUGCACAGGAUGUUCAUUUUGUAGGAUCAGAAACCAAUGAUAUAAAAUCUAAGAAAAAACGUAAGAAUUCUAAAACAAAUGUAUGGUAUAAACUAGAAACAGGAGACUUCAAUACAAUAAAAUGUAACAAUAAUAAAGCUAUUAUAGAUUUGGAUCGUUUAGCGCACAACGAGAAAGACGAAUUGCAAAGAUUAAUUGCACAAGAUGUGAUUGAUGGGAAUUCACAAUCAUUAACUAUAAAUUUCCCAUCGAUUAGUUUAGAAAGAGCAGGACCAGGACAUACUCUAAGUCCAUUUAUACUAAAUCCAUCGGAUGUAAGAGUUAUAAUUAAAACAAAUUCUCCAGAUUUAGGCUGGUCAGAGAAUUAUACGAUAAAAAAUUUAUUGUCUCUCAAGAUUGUAGCAGUUAAUAAUAAUUCGAAACUCGAUGGAAGCUCUGAAUUAUUCAGCUGUUUACUGUUGAAGCCACUGUACAUGAGAAAGGAAUGCAAUAGUUCCUGCUUAAAGAAAUCAAUUCUCAGGUCAGAGAAAUACAGAUACUUGCAGGGUAUAAGCUGUUUCUUGUCCACACUGCAAGAAGGAUACCUUUAUCAUUUCUCUGCAACUAGUUCAAAUCCCACAGAUGCAACUUGCUUAACGACUUAUCCAUUCACAGCACCUGUUAACCAUGUGGCUUUGGAGCACACAGCCCUUCAUGCUCUAACCGAAGCAGGUCUAGAAUCGUACACAUUACGUUUGUCUCAUCAUAUUGCGAGAACGUCAAACAGUCUGGAAAAUUACAAAGUUACAUGUCCUGGAAUUGCAGAACCUGUUUGUUUGAUUGGUUUGCGACCAUUUUUAGGAAUACAGCAGUUACUACACAGUAGAAAUUAUUUAAUUCUCUUGGCAAAAGCGGAUAAUUCAUGGACACUGUACUCCUUGAUGUUACCAAAGCUGGAGAACCUAUAUUACGACAUUUUGAAUGCGGCAAGAAGCCACAAAGCCUCUAGUCCUGGAACUUACAGGCAUUUGCUUGGAGAAGCUCAUGCUGUGAUACGUUUAGCUAAGGACGCCGCAUGCAAUUCUUCGGAGAACGAUGAUGUUGACGAUACUGCGAACAAGAAUGUAGUGAAACUGAAGAACUUGUAUAACCAAUCCUGCGCACUACUUGCCGAUUAUUAUAUUAGAUCGGAGUACGAAUCGGAUUGGGAUCUUUGUAUACCGUAUUACAAAAUGUCUGGAUUAAAACCUGCGGAGGUUUUAUCUAGAAAAUCAACCAAGGAUGCACCAGGUCUUGUUACUUUCCUAACAGAGAUCCUACUAACUUUGAAGAGUGGCUCAGAGGCCGAUGCGUUAUUCCAGGGCUUCAAUAUUGUAGAGAUGAUCUGCAAACUGAAGAAGGGCGAUUUGCUCAAAUUAAUUUUCGGCAGCCCUGUUCUUCGCGAAUAUACCACAGAAAAGCUGAUACACCUUUUACUGUUGUAUGAGACAGACGAAUUAGUUAAGUUAGCUUUAGCAGUUUUGUAUAUACAAGCAGAAAAGCAGGAACAGGCGGAAAAGGCGCUUGAACCUGUCACCUCACAAUGCAUCAAAAGAGUGAUCAUUGAGCAUUGGGACUUAUUAUUCGACAUGACUGCCAUGAGAAAGAGAAGUCCUAUGAUUCCGACAUUUUCCGAUUUUGCUGGCAUGUUGAUGCGUCAGAAGAAUAUGACAUUCGUCGAGAUUUUGAUACAAAUAAUAGAGGACGACGGGAUAUUAUCUUUGCACCAAAUCAUACAGGUGUUUUUGGAGUAUUUGCCCUCUAGAGUAGGUCGGGACGGCCACCACGCUGCGCUGGCAUUGCAGCUUUUCCUCGAGAAAUACCUGCACAACUACUUUAGUACAAAACUGAUCGCAGACUCAUCUACUAUAAACAAAAAUCAAAUACGCACUGACUUUGCCUUGGUCGAGGCGUUCAAGUUGCUGGUACGCUCGUACCUCGGCAAAUUGUCUCAAACCAAGGUGUACAAAUUAGACAGUAUAGAGAACAUAGAUGAAAACUAUAGUAACUUCAUAUUUUCAAAAUUCAGACCCGAUUACCUAGAUAGAAUGCCACCGUACGCAAAAGAUUAUCAAAAGAUGUUGAAUGCGAAUAACUUGAAGGAUUUAGCGAACAUCGAUAAGACUGACAAUGAAAAAGUGAUACCUGCGGAAUUGUUCAAACUGCAGCUACUUCUGUCUUGCGAUUUUGUGCCCAAUGAAUGUAUGCACGAGGUGAAACAGUUCCUCGAUACGCAGGAAGUCGAGGGUAGUUUAUCUUUAAAAACGUUGUGCAUUCAGAAUACAGAUGAAGUGACUACCAUCCUAAUGGAGAACUGUCCCCAGGCUAUUGUACAGUACGCCAAGGAUGUUUAUACUAACGAAUCUGAGUGGAAGUAUUUAAUCGAUUUAACGCAAAAAAAAAUUUCGGCGUCCAAUAUGCGACAGGAGUUGCAUUGUUUAUACACACAAAUCAUGAAAGAAAUUCUAAAUUAUCUGCCGCACACAUUGUCAUUGGAUGGUCUGCAUCGUAUCGUCCCGAAGGACGACAUCAUCGCAUUUCAAAAGUGCACCGAAAUGUGCACUCAAAUCAUGCACGCGGAACACGUUAAAUCUUUAAUGAUGGAGACCGGACAACAACUCCUGUCGACGCUAAAAUUAUGAGCAACAGUCUUAACUAAAUAAUUGCGUCGUCUCGUGGCGAUAGUAUAGGUCCAAUUCAUUUUAUCUGCAGAAAAAUAUAUAUUGCGGAUGCAACGGCGGGUUGCGUUGCACGCAAAACGUAGGAGAUACGUUUGGAACAAAGUAUACUUAGUCAAAUUUGUUAUGAACAAUAAUUCAUAAUUCCUCAUGUGAUAUGACAUUUGCGAAUUCCUAUUUAACUCGCAAUUCAUCGCUUACCAAAAGUUAUUUUACAUUUGAUAUAGUGUUGUAUUGUCUAUUCUUUAAACUCGAUCGACUAUUCAUUCCUCCUCGCGUAUUAGUCUCGUAUUCGUGGAUACCUUUUUACAUAAUUUUAUGGUAAUUUUGCAAACAACUGUUGUCUGAUGCACAAUUUUUACAAGUAUCUUUACAGUCUAGUCAUUAUUACGAUAUUUUGAAGAUUGCACAUGUCUUUGAUCGAAUUGUUUGAUAUGUUUCUGUUUCUUUAGACUGAUUUUAGCCACGCACAAAAUUUCUAUGGACAAAGUUUUAUCAAAAAAAUGUCAAAAAUCGAAGACAAAUACUAUAGAUAAAAUGAAUUCAUAUUAUAACCGAUUGUUGAGAUGUUCUAUAUAGAUAUAUUAUAUUGUGUCUAGACGAAUGUUAUCUUUCCCUUAGCCGAUGUCAAAACAGAAUUAUUUAUCGGAAGUUUAUGCGAAACUGGACAAAUAAAACUCGAGAAUUCAUAGUGCUA